AUGGAGGAGUGCGAAGCAGCAACAACGAAGGAGACUUUGGAUCAAGAUAGUAGUAAAAUGUCAGUGGUAAACCGAAUCAAUGAAGCCACGGGAGAAGCUUCCUCACAGAUCUCCGAAUCCGUUUGUAAGCGUCCCGAGGAGACAGAAGCUCGGUUCAAGAGGCGGAAGUUGUUCGACAAAGUGAUGCAGAAGAGCCUGGAGAAGUUCAUCGAACAUGCCAGUUUUAAUAGAUUUGCCAGCACGUUUCGACCGCUGUACAAAAAGAACCCACAGAGGAUGGAGAGCAUUCACAAGCAGUUCAUCGCGGAGCUGCAGAGGACUAUACAGGAGGACCUCAGCAGAUUGAUCGAUGAAGGUCGGUUAGACUUCAAGCUGAAUGAGCUGGACCAACUUGAGGCCGCUGCAAAGAACAAUGCAGAGCCUGCCUGGCGGCCGAGUGGAGUUCCUGAGCAGGACUUUUCCAGCUUUUUGAUGCCGUACUACAAAAAACAGGAGAACUACAUGCGACAAGAGCUGAAAAAGAUUAAAGCAGAGAAUGCUGCCCUGUCACAGAAGGCACAGGCUGGGAGAGAAAGUCUCCGUCAGACUGAACAUCGUAUUUCUACCACUGUUGAUGAGUGGAAGGCAUCGGUCACAGAGUUUGAAAGGAGGGCAUCUUCUCUUCACCCUGCCGACGUCUUCGAUGUGUGAUCUUCAACUAACUUGUCCUGCAUAUAUAUAUAUAUAUAUAUAUAUAUAUAUAUAUAUAUUCAAUAACAUAACAGUACAUUUUAGAAUG